AUGCACGGGCUCCGACUCUCUGAAGGGAUCACUGACCCCCUGUAUCGUGAUCCUCGGACUCCUACAACUCCAUACCUCAGGAAGAUCUUGGGAGUUGUUACAAGUCCCAAGAGGGACUGGCCUCCUCAUGUGCUGCAAGACAUGUUCAUGGCUAAACUGUCCAAGUACCCCCACGUUCAGCCUAAUCAUGUUUAUUGUGAUGGUUCAGUCAAUGGCAGCAGGUCCGGAUGUGGGCUGUUCAUCCGUGACUACAUUUCUGCCAAUCACCACACUGACACUGAGGUUUCCAGGAGGCUCCCUGCACACAUGUCCUCCUCUAGGGCAGAACUGUAUGCUGUUCUGGAGGCGCUCCAUAUUGUGGCGCCUCUCCGUAAGGAUAUAUUCUUCUUUGUUGACAGUCAGGCUGCACUGUAUGCUCUCCAGUCUACCUCCCCCAUGGACUGUGAUCUAGUUAAUAAAUGUCUUGAUCUCAUCCACACCCUAGAAGGUGCUGGUGCCACGGUUCACUUCACCUGGAUACCCUCUCAUGUGGGUAUCCCGCUUAAUGAUAAGGCAGACCGCCUUGCUCAAUGUGCCCUUCAGGACGACACACUGGACCCUGGCGCUGAGUACACUCUGGGCUAUGUUAAGAGUAGCAUUAAGGACUUUGUGCGGGCGGUGCUGCCUGUGGAGGAGGGCGCAGCCGUGUACCACUGUGAGGCGCAGCUGGACGGCAGAACCAUUGUGACUCACUGCUUGGAGAAGAACAAGGCAGAGAAGGUGUACAAGGAGGCUUUGAAGGAGGGGAAGACUGCCCUCAUGACACGAGAAGACCCUGACUCAAGCGACAUUCUCACGCUUAACCUCGGCAACUUUCCUGCGGGAACGAGGGCCAAGGUCACCCUUCGUCUGGUGAUGGAGUUGAGGGUUGAGACAGACGGCAUCAUCAGCUUUGUUUUGCCCACAGUACUCAACCCGCGCUACACCCCUGCUGACCACCCUCGCAGGCAAGAUUGGGACUGGAGGUGGGAGGAUCGAGGGGUGUAUGUGACACAGCCUUACUCCAUGGAGGUGAAGGCACAAGUAUGUGGUAACCACCAGAUAUCUCGGAUCGUCUCCCACACUGACCCACUCAACGUGACCCUGACUGAUGAUGCCAUGUCUGCCCAGAUGAGCCAGGACGGAGGGUUCAGCUGCGACCACGACUGGAGCAUGCUGGUGUACUACAGGAGUGCCUACCGGCCCCACCUGUUGCGGGAGACCGGUGAACGCUCUGCCACUGGGAUCAUGAAGGAUGACCUGCUCAUGCUGAACCUCUUCCCAGAGGUGCCCACCAACACCUACUCCAGCAGGAAUGAGAUUAUCUUUGUCAUCGACCGCUCAGGAAGCAUGCAUGGGCAAAAGAUAGAGAGUGCCCGGGCAACACUUCUUCUGUUCCUGAAGAGUCUGCCUCUGGGUUGCCUCUUCAACAUUGUCAGCUUCGGCUCAUCCUUCUCAGUGCUCUUCAAGAAGGGGAGUCGUGUGUACUCAGAGGCAACGCUGCGUGAGGCAUGCCAGCUGCAGGCCGCGAUGAAAGCCGACAUGGGGGCCACAGAAAUCCUGGCGCCACUCAAGGACAUCUAUGACAAGCCACCCAUACCUGGCUACUCAUGA